GGGAGCAGACACAGUGUUUGUGACACCUUGUGGUGGAGCGUGAGGGGGUGGCAGAGUUUGAGAGAGAGAGAGAGAGAGAAAGGAGGGGGGCACCACUGGAUAGAGAAAGAGAGAGAGAGAGGGAGAGAUCAAAGCAAAAGAAGAGACAGAGGAGGAGAAACGAGGAUGAGAGAUAGCAGCAUUGCAGCGAGAGCGAGCGCGCGAGAGCCCUUCCUGCCUUUGCAACGAGUGUUUACUCCACUUUUCCUGAGAGCCGGUUAUCUCCCCUCUGCGUGAGUCAUGGAAGUGAUUUACUGUAGGCUGUCUUAUUGUUGUGAUUAAAUCUGCCCCAUGCCAGCACAGAGAGCGAACACAGGGGACAAGCAGCACACAACCUGACCACAUCAGCAGGCAGCAGUGAGAGACGUGAUCAUGAGGGUAAUGUGGAAGUCCAUGGACAAGAUGAGGUGCUUCAGGAAACGAUCCAUCUUCCCUUUCCUCGGCUUUCUCAUCGCCUUUCUGCUCUUUUUCAACCAUUAUAUGGAUGAUGGAUAUGUGCUGGAGGCUGAAAAAAGACAGCUAGGAGAGACGCUGAUCCAUCCUCCGAACUCUGAAAGAUACGUGCACACGUUCAGAGACUUGUCCAAUUUCUCUGGGACCAUUAACGUGACGUACCGCUACCUUGCGGGGCUUCCUUUACCACGUAAAAAGUACCUCACCAUUGGCUUGUCGUCGGUCAAGAGGAAAAAGGGAAACUACCUCCUGGAAACGAUCAAAUCCAUAUUUGAUCAGUCCAGUUACGAGGAACUGAAAGAGAUUGUGGUUGUCGUCCAUCUGGCGGACUUCGACCUGGUCUGGUGUGAGAACCUGGUGCAGGAAAUCACCAGGAAGUUUGCACACCACAUCAUAGCUGGACGUCUCUUAGUAAUCCAAGCUCCAGAGGAGUACUAUCCGUCUCUGGACGGAUUGAAAAGGAACUACAACGACCCAGAGGACAGGGUCCGUUUCCGCUCCAAGCAGAACGUGGACUACGCUUUCCUGCUCAACUUCUGCACAAACCUCUCCGACUUCUACAUGAUGUUAGAGGACGAUGUGCGCUGCUCCAGGAACUUCCUGACGGCACUGAAGAAGGUGAUCACCUCCAGAGAAGGUUCCUACUGGGUGAUGUUGGAAUUCUCCAAGCUGGGCUACAUCGGGAAGCUGUAUCACUCCAGAGACCUGCCGCGCUUGGCUCAUUUCCUGCUCAUGUUCUACCAGGAAAUGCCCUGCGACUGGCUCCUCAUCCACUUCAGAGGCCUGCUUGCACAGAAGGACGUGAUCCGCUUCAAGCCUUCGCUGUUCCAGCACAUGGGCUACUACUCCUCUUAUAAGGGUGCCGAGAACAAGCUGAAGGACGAUGACUUUGAGGAAGACUCCAUAGACAUUCCCGACAACCCCCCCGCCAGCCUUUACACAAACAUCAAUGUCUUUGAAAACUAUGAUGCCACCAAGGCUUACAGCAGUAUUGUUGAUGAGUAUUUUUGGGGGAAACCUCCGUGCACUGGAGACUUCUUCAUCAUAAUCUUUAACAAACCAACAAAAAUCACCAGAAUUAAAAUCCUGACCGGCACAGAGGACAGACAAAAUGACAUUCUUCACCACGGAGCUCUGGAAGUGGGCCAGAAGUCUGUGGACACCAAACAGGGCAGGCAGUGCACAUCCUACAUCACACUGGGGGAGUUUAAAGUUGGAAACAUUGAGGUUAACAAUGUGGACCACAAGAUAGGCUUUGAUAUUGAGUGCGUACGAAUUGUCAUCACUGCCAGCCAGAAAGAAUGGCUCAUCAUAAGAAGUGUCAGUUUAUGGACCGCGCAGCCUGUCGCUCAAAUAUAGAAAUAAAGCUUUUUAAAUGAUUCUCUGCUCGUGGUGAUUUUGGAUGCAGAUGCUGUGACUUCAUUUGGGACUUCUACUGUUUGCUGAAUUCAAAUCAAUCCACAUUUUUCUUGGGUUGGCCAGAGAUCUGCUGUAUGUUUUCAUUGUGAUGUAUUAAAUUGACUGAUGUGUACAGUAUGGAGCUUUUAUACUUCUGUUCAUUUUCAGAAAAUCUGUGUAUAAAAAUAUUCAAACUUGGCUGGUAUUAUAUCUCUUUUUUUUUCAAUUAGUGAACCCCAAGGGUUUUUCCACAGAGUCUGUGGUUCAAAAGAUAAAUUUGCUGCUUACUUUUUAAAUCCACAGUGGGGGGCAAAAUACACAAGUGUAAAAUAAACAAAAACAUUUUUAUGGCACAAAGACUCAUCAGCUACCUUUUUGUUAGUAUUGUCUAACAGAAGUGAGCAAGAGCAUAGAAUAGCUGUUACCUACAUCUAAUAUUAAACACAGUUUUCAAAAAUUAUAGGGAAGUGUUUUCAAAGCUCAUUAAACUAUGCGUGAUGUGUCGAGUGAGGACUUCUAAGUUCCUGAGAUAGAGCUGUCUGACAAUCUGUUAAUGAUUUACAAAAAAUAAGGUUCCACCUGCUGUUCAGUGUAAGUACAUGCCUAAAAAAGAGAAGUCAAGCUGUGUAAUACUGUUAAAAUAAUUUCAGACGAUCAUCAUCCCUGAAUUGAGUAAAAAGAAUCUACCACCUGUGUGAGGUUACUCUAACAGAUGCAAAAUGAACUGGCAAAAAAAUUAGAUGGACAAGAAAUUUAAUUAAAUACUAUAAUAUUAACUACAAGCUCUCGUUUUUGUCAUUAGGUCAUUUUUGGUGAGUUUUAAACGAAUCUGUGAGAGUUGACAAAUAUGCUCUUUGGAGUACCUUGCUGCCACCUUGUGGUAAAUUAUAAAAAUAACAACGGAAAAUAUACAGAUUACCU